AUGCCUGCCAAACGACACGCGGCCUCAACCGCCUCCGCACCAGCGCCUUCUACACCCAUUACUCUCUCCUCUGGCCCUGCGACCCUGAAAUCGAAUUCCUCAGUCGUUGACAUUGCCAAUCAUGUCUGGCAACAGUACAUAUCCAACACUCCUCAGCGAACAUUGCUCCUGGAUGCCUUCAUGGCCUUCCUAGUUCUCGUUGGCGGUCUUCAGUUCCUGUACUGCGUUGUGGCUGGUAACUACCCUUUCAACGCCUUCCUUAGUGGCUUCAGCGCUGCAGUCGGUCAAUUCGUCCUCACAGCUUCCCUCCGUAUGCAAACCAGUGACUCCGGCUCCGCGGGCUCCUCAAAGCCCAGUUCGAAGGGAAAGAAUGCCCGUUUCGCAGAUGAGGAAACCGAGGAAGGUGGCAUUUCGCAUGAGCGUGCUUUCGCGGAUUAUAUCUUUGGUUCUCUGAUUCUGCACUUCUUCUGCAUUAACUUCAUUAACUAA